GUUAGCCCCCGCGCUCACAGCUCAGCCAUUCGAUGGAGGAUGAGGUAGCCAUGUUGUUGUUGUAGCGGUGACGGUGGAAAAGAAAAGCACGAAACCGGAGAGAAACUCGGUAUAUAACCCGUUAGUGCUCACUAACACGGCUCGGAGACGGUGCCGUCCAUCCCGUUCUCUGUCUCUCGGACUGCCGACCCUGUAGCGGACACUAUGAGCGGCGGGACGCCCUACCUGGGCAGCAAGAUCAGCCUGAUCUCCAAGGCCGAGAUCCGCUACGAAGGAAUCCUGUACACCAUCGACACCGAGAACUCCACCGUGGCUCUGGCCAAAGUGCGUUCCUUUGGUACCGAGGACCGGCCCACUGACCGACCCAUCCCGCCUCGAGAUGACACCUUUGAGUACAUCAUCUUCAGAGGGAGCGACAUCAAGGACCUGACUGUGUGUGAGCCGCCCAAACCCACCUGCUCUCUUCCUCAGGACCCUGCCAUCGUCCAGUCGUCCAUGAGCUCCAGCUCCUCGUCUUCUGCUGCCGCCGCCCCAACCCCGUUCCAGUCUGCUGGUUCCUAUGGCCUCUUCAACCGGGCUCCAGUUCCUGCCUACAACCAGUUCAGCACCAGCCCCCUGGUUUCCCCCCAGUUUGGACCAGUUGGUGUGGGUCGCAGCAGCCCCAGCCUGGACCCUCUGAGGAAGAGCCCCACCCUGGAGCAGGUGAUCCAAAGCGCCCCGUCGGCCCCGACCGCCACCACCACAGCUCCGGCCCCUGGCCUGGGACGCAGGAGCCCCACCCACGGUCGCACGGCCCCCUCUGCCGCCGGUCAGAGUGGCCAGAAGGUCCAGCACCAGGACGGCAUGGACAUGAGGAGGGGUGAGACAGUCAGGGGAGGCCGCAGCAGCCAUGGCUGGUCUGCACCCCGAACCAUCUCGUCCUCUCACAUCACUGCUGUAGAUAGGUCUUCCACUGCAGGGCUUACCCACUCUAUCUUUAGCCACCCAGGCCCUGACGCCCAGAAAGUCCCCAAACCAGAGUCUGAGCAGGCGCGAGGUGAAGGCAGGGAUCCCAGUAAACGUUCCUCAGCAGCUGCUGGAGCUCCGGUUAACCGGCGUGGGCGAGGGGGCGGACACCGCGGCAGAGGGCGCUUCAAUGUUCGCCGAGACGGACCCAUGAAGUUUGAGAAAGACUUUGACUUUGAGAGCGCCAACGCCCAGUUCAACAAGGAGGAUAUCGACAGAGAGUUUCAGAGCAAGCUCAAGUUGAAAGAUGAGAAGACGGAGAAGACGGAGAAGGCGGUGAACGGAGAGGAUAAGGGCGACUCAGGUGUGGAAACCCAGAACAGCGAAGGUAACGCUGACGAAGAGGGCGGCGACCCGCUGGGCCCCAACUGCUACUACGACAAGUCCAAGUCUUUCUUCGACAACAUCUCCUGUGACGACACCAGGAAAGCAAAUGAGAAAUCUGGAGUCUCAGGUUUCCCCAGGGAGCGGAGGCAGACCUGGGCGGAGGAGAGGAGGAUGAACGCCGAGACGUUCGGCCUCCCUCUUCGUCAGGGCCGAGGCCGCGGCGGUUACCGUGGACGUGGCGGUAUGGGCUUUCGUGGAGGUCGGGGUCGUUCGGCUAGCCGAGGCUCCUUUGGGCCUCCACAGGGAGGCGGCGGCUUCAGGGGAGGAUACAGAGGAAACCAGGCCGGCCGCGAGUUCGCCGACUUAUCAGCAUACAGGAAGGAUAACAAAGUGGCUGCGUAGUCUCAACGGGUGGAAGACUCGACAGAAAGGUGGAACUUCUUCACGCUUCAGUGGAAAACAAAUAGUUUUUUGUUGACUAAAAUAAUGAAGAUUGUCUACUAGUUGUAUAUUUGUCACCAGCACUGGGGGUAGACUGCUUGAACACAACGGUGGAAACAACAACAACAACAACAACAACAACAACUACAACAACGACGCAAUUUAUCAGAAAAAAAACAAAACAUUUUAAAAAGUCCAGAUCUCAACAAAAUAUUAAUAAUAAUGUAUAAAUGUGAUAUUUCAGAGG